AUGUCCGAAGAAGUGCCUGAAGAGCUUUUGUCGGCUGUCUCGAGCCAGUCGUCUAUCAUCAAGCCUAGCAUCCGGCCCUCAGACACGCGUUUCUUCACUUUCAAGAUAUUUGGCGGAGCGGGCCAUAAUCCUGCCCCCAUGAAACUUGAGGAUGUGAUUGUGGCUGGGUCGAACAUGGAGCUACUAGCAAACGCGAACACAUGGGGAUUGCUCCAUUUCAGAUUACGGCGGCAAUCGCUCAAGAGACUCCACCUCCUAUAUGGGCUAUUACUUGUUCUGUGGAGCUGGGUCCAAUGGACCCUGCUAGUCCUUGAUGCGUACUUUUGGUGGUUUGUCUACACUUUAGGGAUUUUUCCCUCGUCAGUGGACAAGCCAUUGGAGCCUAGUACUGCCGUCUCUCAGAUGUCCAAUGAGCCUCCAUCACAAUCGAGAAUCAGGAGGAUAUUACAAUUACGUACCACGAUCGGCAACCAUGCACUAGCACACUCGCUGGCGACGAGCAUCCCAAAGAGCGAAUUGAUGGUCAGACAGGCACUGGCAGGCAAACGGGUUCCUAAACAUUUGAUGGUCAUAUACGAGUUGGAUCCCUUGGUUGUCCCCCCACCCAAAGAACUGCCCACCCCUUACCUGACUGCCGAAAAAAGGAUUGUGGUUCCCGACAAAAAGGAGAUCUCCCAGGUGCUAUCUGACAGAGCUGAGUGGGCAGCCGCCCACCACACGCACAAGGCCUCAGAGGUUAUGAGAGUGUGCGCAGAGUCCGCCAGGCUGGUCUCAUGGGCACUGUUCUCUGGCAUGAAGUCCGUCACGCUCUAUGAAAGAAGCGGCAAUCCCUGGAAAAAUUUGGACAGACUAGGCUCAAUGAUCCAGACAGAGAUAUCAGUUCUGAGCGACACGGAGUCUCUUGAAGAGACCUGGAUCAAGCUGGUAAGAGUGAAUAACCCCGAGACCAUAACGAUAGAGAACAGUGAGAUACAUCAUGAGCCGCCGGAUAGACCAUCGGGCGACGAUGGCGGACUUGCAAAGUUACAACCGGCACCCGCGAGCUCGCAGCUGGAGUCGGCCCAGAUCUCAGAGACCUAUUCUGCAGGGAACGGGCUUACGGUUACGUUGGUUUGUGAGGAAGAUGGAGAGCAGAGAGUGGCCAAGACGGUCAGGAACUUUGUGCUAUUCAAUGGCGACGUCUCUGACAUAGAGUCGUAUGUAGACAAGGAGCUGGCUGUGCUGGAUGCCCCAGAACUAAUCAUUAAGUUUGCCAGAAGACGCGGAAUGCUGCAGUCUCUGAGCGGGGCACCCAUCUACAAUUUCGAAAACCGUCCGUUGUUUGCAGCCACGCAGGACCACACCAAUUUCCCCUUCUUCAUACAAGCUGUCGAGUCAUACUCGCAGGCCACAUCUAAAAAAGAUUGA